CAUCCUCCUUCUCUCUCGUUUCGGUGGCUCUCAACAAAAGUUUGAUUCUUUUUUUCUUUCUCUCUUUUGCUUCCUUCCUUCCUUCCAUAUUCUUCUUGCUCAGAUCAGAAAAAUGGAUCUUGCCCCAGAAGAGCUUCAAUUCUUGAACAUCCCAGAAAUCGUUAGAGAAUCAAUCUCAAUCCCAAAAAGGUCACCUAAAACCUUCUACCUCAUCACCCUCACCCUCAUCUUCCCUCUCUCUUUUGCAAUCUUAGCUCACUCUCUCUUCACCCACCCUCUCAUCUCUCAGCUUCAAUCCCCUUUCACUGACCCUUCUGAAACAAGCCAUGAUUGGACCCUUCUCCUUGUUAUUCAGUUCUGCUACCUCAUCUUCCUCUUUGCAUUCUCUCUCCUCUCCACUGCAGCUGUUGUUUUCACCGUUGCCUCCCUCUACACUUCUAAAGCUGUCUCCUUUUCAUCCACAAUCUCUGCAAUUCCUAAAGUCUUCAAGCGAUUGUUCCUCACUUUCAUCUGGGUCACCCUCUUGAUGAUCCUCUACAACUUUGUAUUUGUCCUUUCACUUGUGCUUCUCAUCAUAGCCGUUGAUACCCAGAAUUCCCUUUUGCUGUUUUUCGCCAUUGUUGUGAUCCUCUUGCUCUUCAUUGUUGUUCAUGUGUACAUCACCGCGAUGUGGCAUUUGGCCAGCGUGGUUUCUGUGCUGGAACCGGUUUAUGGUUUUGCUGCAAUGAAGAAGAGCUAUGAGUUGUUGAAGGGUAGGGCCAAGUAUGCUGCUGUUUUGGUUUCUGGGUAUUUGAUUAUUUGUGGGAUCAUUGGAGGAGUUUUCAGUGUGGUGGUGGUGCACGGUGGAGAUAGUUAUGGGGUGUUCUCGAGGAUUGUGGUUGGUGGGUUCUUGGUGGGGAUUUUGGUGAUUGUCAAUCUUGUUGGGUUGUUGGUGCAGAGUGUGUUCUACUAUGUGUGCAAGAGUUACCACCAUCAAGGGAUUGAUAAGAGUGCAUUGCAUGACCAUCUUGGUGGCUACCUUGGAGAAUAUGUGCCUCUUAAGAGCAGCAUUCAAAUGGAAAAUUUGGAUGUAUGAUUCCGGGAGAGUUUGUACACCCAUAAGAGAAUUGGGUUUGAUUUGUAAGUUGAUUUUCUUUUGUUAUUCUGUAAUGGAAUAGUGUAAAACACAGUGGGAAAGACUAAUGAUAGAUUGUAUGUUGAAUUUUUGAUGUUGUGUAGUGUAUCAAUCUGUUAUUUUAAAUAAGCUAUUUGAUUCAAUCCUUGUUUAACAGUAGCUCAGUAGUGUUUUGCACAUCACUGCAUUUUUGUAUUGUGGUAGUAUUGACAUAUUGU